GGACGGAGCCUCGCGGCGGCGGCGCCGGCUGCGGCGCGGCAGCAACAGGCGGGCGGGCGGGCGCGCGCGGAGGGGCCGCCACCCCGCGCCGUCGCCGCGCGCCGCGCAUGGACGAGCAGCUCAGCCUCCUGCGCUCGCCGCCGCCGCCCGCCGCCCGCCACCGCGCCCACCCUGCGCACGAGCCGGCGCGCGGCGGCGGCGCCCACACCCCGCUGCACCCCGGCCGCGCCGAGCCCGCCGCGGGCCCCGCGCAGCCGCCGCCGCCCCCCGACAUGACGGUGGUGCCCGGGGACCACCUGCUGGAGCCGGACGCGGCGGGCGCCGGCGGGGACCCGCCCCAGGGCGACCGCUACGAGCCGCUGCCGCCCGCGCUGCCCGCCGCCGGCGAGCAGGGCUGCUGCGGGGAGCGCGUGGUCAUCAACAUCUCGGGGCUGCGCUUCGAGACGCAGCUCAAGACCCUGUGCCAGUUCCCGGAGACGCUGCUGGGGGACCCCAAGCGCCGCAUGCGCUACUUCGACCCGCUCCGCAACGAGUACUUCUUCGACCGCAACCGGCCCAGCUUCGACGCCAUCCUCUACUACUACCAGUCGGGGGGGCGCAUCCGCCGGCCGGUCAACGUGCCCAUCGACAUCUUCUCCGAGGAGAUCCGCUUCUACCAGCUGGGCGAGGAGGCCAUGGAGAAGUUCCGCGAGGACGAGGGCUUCCUGCGCGAGGAGGAGCGGCCGCUGCCCCGCCGCGACUUCCAGCGCCAGGUGUGGCUGCUCUUCGAGUACCCCGAGAGCUCCGGGCCGGCGCGGGGCAUCGCCAUCGUGUCGGUGCUGGUCAUCCUCAUCUCCAUCGUCAUCUUCUGCCUGGAGACGCUGCCCGAGUUCCGCGACGAGAAGGAGUACCCGGCCUCGACGGCGCAGGACCUGCCCGAGGCGCCCGGCAACGGCACGUCGGGGCCCCCCGCGGGCGCGUCCAGCUUCUCCGACCCCUUCUUCGUGGUGGAGACCCUGUGCAUCAUCUGGUUCUCCUUCGAGCUGCUCGUGCGCUUCUUCGCGUGCCCCAGCAAAGCCACCUUCUCGCGCAACAUCAUGAACCUGAUCGACAUCGUGGCCAUCAUCCCUUACUUCAUCACGCUGGGCACCGAGCUGGCCGAGCGCCAGGGGAAUGGCCAGCAGGCCAUGUCCCUCGCCAUCCUGAGGGUCAUCCGCCUGGUGAGGGUGUUCCGCAUCUUCAAGCUCUCCCGCCACUCCAAGGGGCUGCAGAUCCUGGGGCAGACCCUGAAGGCGUCCAUGCGGGAGCUGGGGCUGCUCAUCUUCUUCCUCUUCAUCGGGGUCAUCCUGUUCUCCAGCGCCGUCUACUUCGCAGAGGCCGACGACCCCGCGUCGGGGUUCAGCAGCAUCCCCGACGCCUUCUGGUGGGCCGUGGUCACCAUGACGACGGUAGGGUACGGGGACAUGCACCCAGUGACCAUAGGGGGCAAGAUUGUGGGGUCGCUCUGCGCCAUCGCUGGGGUCUUGACCAUCGCUCUGCCGGUCCCUGUGAUUGUUUCCAACUUCAAUUACUUCUACCACCGGGAGACCGAGGGGGAAGAGCAAGCCCAGUACAUGCACGUGGGGAGCUGCCAGCACCUGUCCUCGUCCGCGGAGGAGCUCCGGAAAGCCAGGAGCAACUCCACGCUGAGUAAGUCGGAGUAUAUGGUCAUCGAGGAGGGAGGUAUGAACCAUAGCACUUUCCCCCAGACCCCCUUCAAAACGGGCAAUUCUACUGCCACCUGCACCACGAACAAUAAUCCCAACUCCUGUGUCAACAUCAAAAAGAUAUUCACUGACGUUUAAUCUAUGGUACAAGUGACAUGCUGUGCUCGGUAGUGUGUGGAACGUGCCCCCUUGGUCUGCGUAUGCCCUUGUUUUAUACAUUUCCAGACCAUUCAUCCAGGAAAGGACAGCAAGAAGUGGAAUGCACACUUCAUUCGCCCUCUCCCUACUGCUUCAUACUGAAACAGGUGUCUGUUUUGCAAGCGGGCUGCAUUCUCUCAGCUCUCCCUUUUAUUUUAUUUUUUCCUUCCUCUCAAGCUUGCAAACAAAAAAAACUUGACUUUAAACUUGACUUCUAGUACACACCCUACUUAAAAAGCAACACCGACAACUGGGUACAUCCUGGGAGGAAAUGAAACAGAAGAACCGGUAGAGUCACUGUUUGAACUGUUUAACCUCAAAAGCAAAGGCAGUUGUUUACUGAGUAAAGCAGGCCCGUCCUUCACACUUGGGUCUGAUGGGCCCUUCAGCAUCAUUGCAUGUUGAGUUCUGUUGCCUACACUGUGGAUAUGUGGAUGAAAAGUCUCGUUAGAGCAAUGACUUGUAAACCCGCCUUGAGUUUAUUUGGUUUUUGACUGGACUUUCUAUUUGGAACCCCCUUCCCAAAUUUUUAAGGCUCUCUACUACAACGUGGAGCCAAGGGGAACGCCCAGGAUGUUCUGAACUGACUAAUUAUUUUAACUCUUUGGGGCUUGUUAAGCAUUUUGAAAGUAUCAGACUAACAGAUUUCCUGCGAAGUUCUUUGUGUGUGUUCCAGCCAACAUCUCUCAAAGUCUAGAAACAGGUGUUUGCAGUGCUGCUGACCGAAACAAACCAACCAACAAACAAAUUCCUAAUGCAUCUGAGAGAUAAGCUUCUGCAGUAUCAUAAGAAGAUUAAAGUGGCAGACACUCCUUCCAGCGGAAGUUACUAAUUCGGACCUGACUGAUGCAGUUCCCAUAGCAACCCAUGUUUCCUGGGAAACCCGAAAAAGGUUGUCAUGGCAUCUCCUGCUCUCUAGCCCCACCCCCUAGCCCCUGCCGUUUCCACAGUAACCUUUCCAGAUGGUUCUUACUUACAUGAUUUCAUAAGGAGAAUCACUGUUUGAAUAAACCGCACAAAUAAAGUUAUGUCUGAGAAUCCAAGGUGGUGAAAUGAAUCACAAAACGCCUAUUUUUUUUUUUUAACUACAAAAGAUCAUUGAUCUCAUCCCAGAAUGACUGAGUCGAGAAGGAAAAUUCGUCUUUGGAAUGUUAGCUAUACACCACAAUCAGGUAUGAUUUGAAUUAAAUGCCAGUAAUCAGGCAAUGAUUUUAAAAGAUGCUUCUCUGCUGUUUUAUUUCUCUAAGAAGUUUCAAACCAACAAAUGAAAUUUCACAACACAGUGUUCUGUACACAACCAAACGAGAGCGUCCAUCAGUGUACCUGGGAACUUACUACAAGGACCUUCAGGCUUCCUCUUAAAAAAAAAAAAAUCCAAGUCUCACCACAGCACUGUCACCAUCACAGCACUUGAAAAGCUAAAUAAACUUGAAAAAUAUACAGGAUGCACGUUUUUAACUGAGGGAAUUGCAGACAAUCAAUAAAAAGGAGGGACAGGAAGGAACCAAAUCAUGGGGGAAAUACCCUCACGUUUCAGCCCUAUGGCAGGGGUUGCCGGAAGACAGACAGAAUCAGAAGUUCCAAGUCCUUCCCACCUCUCAACUGUGAACAGAAGUGAUAACCCCUCCCACUAAGAAAUCCAAAGAAGCACAUGUGCCCCCACCCAGUCUGAAGACUUAAGGAAACACUGUGAGAAAGAGAUCCCUGAAGAUCCCACAGAAAGCACUGUGGAGCUGUACAUACCGGUAGGAGGCGCGCUUUUAAAUUGCCCUGAUGAAGAACAGUCUCAGUUUUGCUGAUGGCGGUGACACGGUGGUCUGCAUGCACAUAUUUUGUUUCAGUUGACAUUAAAUAACAUGUCUUUAAUAAAUGCUUCAUAGAAAGGAGACAGCUCUGAAACUGGAGGAUUCUCUUCUAAUUGUGUGCAAUAUAAGAGAUAUCGAUCAAGAGCUAAAGAAGAACAUUAAAAAUACUAAGGUAUCAUUUUAACCUUUUGACAUUUUGAUGAUAUCGAAUCAUUCAAAAAUCAGUACCACUGAUAAAGAAAACCUGUUUGUUUCUAGCAAGCCAACUAUUAUUGUUUUCUUCUUUCAGUUAUUUACUGUGGAGCCAUGAGAUAUUUUAAUGCUAUAGCCCAUGCUUUCCAUGUUCUGGAUUACGUGCAACUUUAUUUGUGAAGGUGUGUUUUGUACCAAAGUCUCAUACCUAGGUUAGCCUAUUUAUACGUAAAUAAGUGAAGUCUACACUGUGCCCAGAUGAAUGAUAUUAAAGACAGACUUGCCUAAAAGAAAUGUGCCUUGCUUGAUUAAGCAUUCUUUUAUUUUUUGA